GGGACAUCAUUCUUAGUUCUUUGUUUAAAGAAUAUUAGUAUUCUUUAUAAAAUGUCUCGCUUCGUAGUCCUCGCUAUCUUCAUCCAGGCCUGCCUGCUCCAGAUGGUUCUGGGCCAGUCAUGCGGUUGUAACCAGUACUCAUACGGUUCGUCCGGACUGAGCUCACAGAGCUGCGGCUCGUACGGCGGCACCGGCACCGGACAGGUGGGCGUGUCCGGCGACAUCGACGCGUGCGGCAACACCUGCGUGACCGGCUCCGUGCCCGUGCUCGGCUCCGUGGACUUCGGUGGCUGCGUGCCCGCCUGCGGCUCCGUGUCCAUCUCCGGACAGUGCGGAUGCGGAUGUCAGUGAUUUUCUGACUAGACUCAAGAAAU